AUGAGCGCUGACAAGAGAGUGGUUGUAAUCGGUGCCGGUCCCACCGGACUCGGCGCUGCGGUGCGUAUGAUGGAGCUCAAGCACCUCAAUUUCCAUAUUUACGACGCCAGCGCCGUCCCUGGCGGCCUCUCGCGCAGCGUCAGGGACGAAAACGGAUUUUUGUGGGACAUGGGCGGUCACGUCAUCUUCUCCCACUACGCCUACUUUGACGAUGUCAUGAACCUCGCCAUCUCUGACUGGAACACGCUCCAGCGCGAGUCGUGGGUACGCUGCUGCGGUGUCUGGGUGCCGUAUCCAUUUCAGAGUAACAUUCACCGUCUCCCAUCAGAGGUGCGAGACGCAUGCCUGAAAGGGAUGGAGGAGGCCGAGGCGGCCCGUGCUGUCGCCACGGAGGAGAAGCCGAAAACCUUCGCCGAGUAUGUCUCGCGCCAGUUUGGCGAGGGGAUCGCCGAGGUUUUCAUGCGCCCGUACAACUUUAAGGUGUGGGCGGUGCCGCUGGAUGUGAUGAGCGCGGAGUGGGUCGGCGAACGCGUGGCCAGUGUCAACGUGCAGCGCAUCAAGGAGAACAUCCAACUCAACCGCGAUGAUGUUGGCUGGGGCCCCAACGCCACUUUUCGCUUCCCUAAGGCGGGCGGCACCGGCGCGAUCUACGAGGCUGUCUGGAAGAUGAUUCCAGAGGCGCAUAAGACGCUCGGCUAUCAGUGCCGCGUCGUCAAGGUGAACCCGAUCACGAAGACGCUGACAAUGGCGAAUGGCGAGGCGGUAUCCUACGACACACUUGUCUCCACGAUGCCGCUGGACGAUCUUCUGCGCGCCAUGGCAACUGGGCUGGAGGAAGACCCAGAGGCGGCGUCAGCUUCGGUGCUGAAGGCGCCGCGUCUUCGCGAGAUUGCCGAGAAGAUGGUUUACAGCUCUACGCACAUCAUCGGCAUCGGUGUGAAGGGGUGCCCACCUUCGGGGAUGCAGACAGCUUGCUGGCUGUAUUUCCCUGGCGACGGUAUUCCCUUCUACCGCGCGACGAUUUUCUCCCGCUACGCUGACUCGAAUGUGCCGGAGGGGCACUGGAGCAUCAUGCUGGAGGUUAGCCAGAAUGCGCAAUACAAGCCUGUCAACGUGGACACCAUAAUGGCGGACUGCAUUGAUGGUCUGCGAACGGCGACGUUGCUUCGCCCGGAGGACGAGAUCGUGUCCCGCUGGCAUCACAUGGAGAAGAAGGGCUACCCGAUCCCGUUCGUGGGGCGCAAUGAGCUGCUGGAGGAGGUACAGCCGGUGCUGCGUGACACGUACAAGAUCUACUCCCGCGGCCGCUUCGGCGCGUGGCGGUACGAGGUGGCGAAUCAAGAUCACUCGAUGAUGCAGGGCGUCGAGGCGGUAGGGCACAUCUUUCACGGCACGGAUGAGGUCACAGUAAAUACCCCGGAAAAAGUCAACACGAGGUACGGUGAGGCACGCUGCACCUUGUUGUUGACACCUUCGUAG